AUGUCUGGAGAGAAGAAACGGUUCGUGAGAGCCGCGUUCAUGCUGCAGUCAAGUGGAUUCCGACUCCAGGAGCCCCCACGAGUGCAGAGCGGAAGCGUGGAACAAAAGUCACCAGGUGAUGAGCGUACGGCGCUGUGUCUAGGGGCGCGGGCCUGGCAGGCGGCCACCGGGUGGCCUUUCUUCGCCAAGACGUGUGACCUCGGCACCCACGGCAGCCGCCAGCCCGAGACCCUGACCCCCUUACCUCCUGGGCCGUUUCCUGGGCAGGCUGAGGUACAACAGAAUGAGAGCGACGCUCAGAAGCAGUCGUUCCGGCCCUCGGUCACCUGGAACCUGAACUCGCCUUCGGUUCACCGGACCUCCACCCAGUCGGCCUCCGGUUCCUUCAGCGGCCCGUCUGCGGGCUACCUCCGGCGCGAGUCGGACAACCGCCCAGAGAUCUGCACGGAGUCCCAGCCCCAGAUCUGCUUCCUGCGGCCGCGAUCCUCGGCCCCGCCCAUGCUGUUCAGCUUAAUGAAUUCCAGUGAAGCAGCGGUAACAAAAUUUUUACCCAAGAGCCACUUAUCUCGGGUGAUUAUUCGUGACAACCUCAGUGCCCAACGAAUCUUUGAGAUGGAGGUAAAAGCUUCAGACAGGACCAAGAAGAAGAUGAGCCACUUGUAUGACCACCUGAAAAAAAAGUUCAUGACCGACCAGCUCCGAAAGCUGGGGCGCUGGAGACGGGAGUCCCUGACCCUCCAGCACUACCUGGAUAGCAUGCGGACCUACAAGAUCUAGUUCAUACCGGAGCCCCACAAAUGA